AUGGGUGGUUCUUGCCUCAGCCGGUCCAAAUCUCUCUUUGUUAAGCCAAGGUACAUAGAAGAAGAAGAUGAGGCCUUCACGGCCGAAGAAAUUAAGGAUAUUUGUGGAGCGAUAAGGAAAAUGUUAUAUGAGGCUCAUAUGGUCCAGCCGGGUGAAGGCUCAAGCACCGCUGAGUUGCCUUUUGCAUUGUUGGGAUACCACGCCACUGUGCGCACAUCGGUUGGGGCAACACCCUAUCUAUUGGUUUAUGGCAUUGAAGUCGUAAUACCCGCAGAAGUUGAAAUUCCCUCUCUUCGAAUCAUCGUUAAAGCAGAGAUUGAGGACAACGAAUGGGUUAAGACCCGUCUAGAACAGUUAACCCUGAUUGAUGAAAAGCGGAUGGCCGCUGUUUGCCACGGGUAG